AAUUGUCGUUCAUGCCUUUGCGUUUCUUUGCGUUGGGAGAAAGUUGUUACACGUUAGUCUGUGUUUGUUACUUGACCAUGUAUGAAUUUAUUUUACAUUAUUACAUCUAAUUUGCUGGCUAAGAUGGAUCAAACUGACCCGAAGGACGAAGAACCAGUGAAGGCUCUGGAGGACAAGUGGAAAUUGUUACCUGCUUUUCUAAAGAUAAAGGGUCUUGUAAAACAGCACAUAGAUUCCUUUAACUAUUUCACGAAUAUCGAGAUUAAGAAGAUUGUAAAAGCCAAUGAGAAGGUCACAUGUGAAGCUGAUCCUAAUUUUUAUGUCAAGUACCUUGAUAUCUAUGUUGGUAUGCCUGAUGUGGAGGAAAGUUUCAACAUAACAAAGUCUGUUUCCCCGCAUGAGUGUCGUCUCAGGGACAUGACGUAUUCAGCUCCAAUCACGGUGGAUAUAGAAUACACUAGAGGAAGCCAGCGGAUCAUUCGUAAUAAUUUGCCGAUCGGAAGAAUGCCAAUCAUGUUGCGAAGCUCCAACUGUGUGCUGACAGGGAAAUCACCAGCGGAGCUUGCGAAACUUCAGGAAUGCCCAUAUGACCCAGGUGGAUACUUUGUCGUGAAGGGAGUGGAGAAGGUUUGUCUCAUUCAGGAGCAGCUGAGUAAGAACAGGAUCAUCGUUGAAUCUGACCGCAAGGGCAAUGUCGGUUGCUCUGUGACGAGCUCUACGCAUGAGAAAAAGAGUAGAACCAACCUAGUGGUGAAGCAGGGCAGAUACUAUCUAAAGCACAACACGCUUUCCGAAGAUAUGCCAGUGGUAGUUGUUCUCAAAGCAAUGGGCAUAGAAUCGGAGCAGGAGAUCGUACAGAUGGUGGGAACAGAGGACAACAUCAUCUCUGCAUUUGCUCAGGCCAUAGAGGAGUGCCAUAAGCUUCAGGUCUACACACAGACCCAGGCACUGACGUACAUAGGCAACAAGGUACGGCAGCGCAGAGUGUGGGGUUCUAGUGGUGGAAAAAAGAGCAAGACUGAAGAAGCCAGAGAGCUUCUUGCUACAACGAUACUCGCACAUGUUCCCGUGGUCGAGUUCAAUUUCAAGGUGAAAGCAAUCUACGUUGCAUUAAUGGUGCGGCGCGUCAUCCAGACACAGGCAGGUCUGAUCAAAAUGGAUGACAGGGAUUACUAUGGCAACAAACGACUUGAACUCGCGGGGCAGUUGCUUGCACUUCUGUUCGAAGAUCUCUUCAAAAAGUUCAAUGCUGAGCUGAAGAUGAUUGCAGCAAAAACCAUACCAAAGCCACGUGCCGCACAGUUUGAUAUUGUGAAGCACAUGAGACAAGAUCAGAUCACCAAUGGACUCGUACAGGCCAUCUCAACUGGCAACUGGACGGUGAAGCGGUUUAAGAUGGAGCGAGCGGGAGUUACACAGGUGCUUAGCAGGCUGUCCUACAUCUCCUGUCUGGGCAUGAUGACGCGAAUCAGCAGUCAGUUUGAAAAGACACGCAAAGUUAGUGGUCCCAGGUCCUUGCAGCCGUCACAGUGGGGCAUGUUGUGUCCUUCUGACACGCCUGAAGGAGAGGCGUGUGGCUUGGUUAAGAACCUGGCACUGAUGACCCAUAUCACGACAGAUAUGGAAGAGGGGCCUAUCAUCAGACUGGCCUUCAAUCUCGGAGUGGAGGACAUGCACAUACUCAGUGGGGAGGAGGUUAGCAACCCAAACGUCUACCUUGUCUUUCUCAAUGGUAACAUUUUGGGAGUGGUACGCAACCACCAGAGACUGGUGAAGACGUUUCGCGUGCUAAGACGUGCAGGAUACAUCAACGAGUUUGUCUCAAUCUACAGCAAUCAGGCGCACCACUGCGUGUACAUUGCUUCUGAUGGUGGCCGUGUUUGCAGGCCAUACAUCAUCGUACAGAAGCGCAGACCGAUGGUGACAAAGAGGCACAUUGAGCAGCUGGUGCAGGGCUUGAGGUCCUUUGAGGAUUUUCUCGGUGAGGGACUCGUGGAGUACCUGGACGUGAACGAGGAGAACGACUCGAACGUGGCCCUCUACGAGUCGCUGAUUACCGGAAAUAGUACUCAUUUGGAGAUAGAACCCUUCACCAUCUUGGGUGUGUGUGCUGGAUUGAUACCUUACCCUCAUCACAAUCAGUCACCAAGGAACACGUACCAGUGCGCUAUGGGAAAGCAAGCUAUGGGCACCAUAGGCUACAAUCAGCGUAAUAGAAUAGACACGCUGUUGUACAAUCUGGUGUAUCCACAAGCUCCUCUUGUCAAGUCACGGACUAUUGAUAUCAUAGGAUUUGACAAGCUUCCCGCAGGCAUGGCAGCUACAGUGGCCGUCAUGAGCUACAGCGGCUAUGACAUUGAAGAUGCAUUGGUGCUCAACAAGGCUUCCCUUGAUAGAGGUUUCGCUCGGUGUCUGGUUUAUCGAAAGCAGAACUGUGUGCUGAAGCGAUAUGCCAACCAAACGUUCGACAGAGUGAUGGGCCCACUACUAGACGCUACAACCAAGAAACCAAUAUGGCGGCACACAGUUCUAGAUAGUGAUGGAAUAGCUGCUCCUGGUUUGCGAGCUGAGAGUAAGCAAGUGCUAGUCAACAAGUCGAUGCCUACAGUCACAGCCAGUCCACUGCAAACACAGGCAGGGCAGCCUCAGCAGCCCGAGUACAGAGAUGUUCCUAUUGUGUACAAGGGAGCUGCAGACUCCUACGUGGAAAAGGUGAUGAUCACGUCGAACAACGAGGAAGCCUUCCUCAUCAAGCUGCUGAUGAGGCAGACGCGACGACCGGAGAUCGGCGACAAGUUCAGUAGCCGGCAUGGACAGAAGGGUGUAUGCGGCCUCAUCGCCCAACAAGAGGACAUGCCCUUCACCGAUUUCGGAAUAUGCCCGGAUAUCAUCAUGAAUCCUCAUGGCUUCCCCUCUCGCAUGACAGUUGGGAAGCUGAUCGAACUGCUUGCGGGAAAGGCGGGUGUGCUAGAUGGGAAGUUUCACUAUGGAACAGCAUUUGGAGGAGACAAGGUAGCAGACUUGAGUGAGGAUCUGGUGAGAAAUGGCUUCAACUACCUGGGCAAAGACUUUGUUUACUCUGGCAUCACUGGCGAGCCGCUCAGUGCCUAUAUAUUCUUUGGGCCCGUGUACUACCAGAAGCUGAAGCACAUGGUGCUGGACAAGAUGCAUGGUAGAGCUAAAGGUCCGCGCGCCGUGCUCACCCGUCAACCGACAGAGGGCCGCUCGCGAGACGGAGGUCUCCGGCUCGGGGAGAUGGAACGUGACUGCCUUAUCGGCUACGGGGCCAG